CGAGAAGCCUCUAGGCCUACUUUCCACUGCCGUGCAAGCAGUAUGAAGCUGGCAAGUUUUAUUCAGUCAAGACGUCUACAUUUGACAACGUUGACAAGAAACCGGCGUCUAGCAGUGAAAUUUGAGGAUUCCAAGAAGUUUAGCAACCCGGUUAAUGCACUACAAGAGCAGCUGCGUGUCCCUGUGCUUCGCCCCGGCGAAAAACUCUUUGUACCCACUCAGGAAAAGAUGCGUGAGGCAGAAACUCUGUUUGUGCCAAGAACACGCCACAAAAUUGACAUGGUGGGAAGCACAGUUAGUGUGGAUGGUGCUCCUAAAAACAAUCUUCCCGAGGUGGCAGUAAUAGGCCAAAGCAACGUGGGGAAAUCAUCUCUGAUCAGAACCUUGUUGAGCAAGAUACCUGAUAUAGAUACAAGUGAUUUUGUCAGGGUUUCAUCUACACCUGGUCACACAAAAACGGCAAAUUUUUUUCAAGUUGGUCGCAAGUUUACCAUGGUUGAUAUGCCAGGCUAUGGUCGUAACCAACCACGUCAUUUUGUAGAAACUGUCGAAGGGUACUUGAAAAAUCGCCAAAACUUGCGAAUGACAAUAUUUCUGGUCAGUGGAGAAGUGGGAGUGACAAAGGAUGACAUGAUAGCCAUCCGAAUGAUGGAGGAGAUUGGAAGACCAUAUACGUUGGUGAUGACCAAGAUAGACAAGACGAACAUGCUGGGCCGCAUCCAGUCCCUAGUUCAGGUGAAGGAGCUGAGAGAUAAAUUCACAUCCAGCUGCUGCUUCCAUCAGCCAUUUCUAAUCAGCUCCAAAACAGGAGAGGGCAUCGGGCUUCUUCAGUGCUACAUAGUUUACGUGACGGGCAACAUUGAACUGGGCGACGCAGGCACAUCUACCGGUGCUGCUAACAGAAAGCAAGUGGGAUCCUGAUCUCAACCAUGGAUUCGUCUAUGCAAAGUUAUAGUCACCCCCCCCCUCCCAAGCUGUAAGUGUGUGGGCAGCUCUCCCACAUUAUGGUGUUGAACACUGUGUUUACUAGCAAGUGUACCCAAUGGGAAAGCGUAUAUGCAGGUUAUUGUGUCUACGUCCCCCCCCCCAUGCGCCUGUUUGUAGCAUUUAUUUUAGCAGUGAUGAUGAUGAAAAUGAUGUUGGAAUAUUUCCAGUCAGUUCUUACUCAUUGGGUUCUAUCAAACGAAUCGUGGUUGUUUACUGACAUGCGUGCGAUGAUUUGCCACCCCGGAAUCUGUUUGUCUGUGCACGAAUUCAAUGGUUAGCUUUGCCAGCAAGUGAUCUUUGUACGGUACGGCUGAGUAAUUGUUUGCUCUAGCUCAGUGCCGGUGCCUCGUUCAUUUCGUACAAACAGUUGAGGAAUGUUUGCUUAACAGGGGAGCUUUGAUAGCUACGCCUUCUAACUUGGUUAGUGGUAAAAAGUCGGAGGUAUGGGUUACAAUCUCUGCUGUUUUAGUAGCUAUACUGGAACGGUGUAUUGCAUGCUAAUCACUUAAAUUGCCCAUAUAUAUUAUGCGCCUCACCUCAAACCUUGUGUUGGAAGGCUCCAGAUUCAUAAAAUAAAAUGUAUGCCGACUCGUGAUUUUUGACGUGAUGAAAAACCUCCCAUUUCAUGAGAAUAAUGUGUAUGUGCCAAAAAUGUCGGUCAUAUAUAAAGAAGUUUUUCGUUAUUCGUUUAUUAGUAUACCUAGCAUUUAUGAUUAUGAAAUGGAAAAAAAUUAUUGGUAAUAAUUAUGGGAAUUACGGUCGUAAACAUACUAUUGAUCAUGGGCAGAGAACUGUACUAAUUUGGCAUUUUGGAAAGUUGGCAAACAGAUCUGUUGAUAAAUAAGUUGUUGUUUUGUGUCCGACACAUGCGCGUCGUAGAUACGUAUUUAUCACGUAUACGUAUAUGCACACAUAUGUAGAACGCAUAUGUAAACCAGAUCCCAUGAACAUUAUAACAGUAGAAUUGAGUUAUAGAAAAACGCUCGACGUGAUGCAGCCAUGAUGACGAGGCACGCCGAGGAUUGACACUAUGUGUCUUCCAAUCACAGUCUACGCUGCACCAGUCUUUUAUA